CAAUCCGGCGCCAAAGACUUGAUCACGACUUGCCGCCGUCGCCUCAAGCCCGUCACUAACAUCGCAUGGCCGCUAGAUCCUCAUCUCCUACGCCUCCAUAGUCCUCUCUACCUGCGCGCCUGUGCAGCCUUGAUUUACCCCGCGGCUCAUCAUGGCGCCUGCCUGCUUCACUAAUCUGCCGACGGAGAUUCUCGAGGCCAUAUUCCUGAAUCUGGAUCCUCACUCUCUCGUAGCAGUAUCGCAGACGAACAAGCUCAUCAAGCGACUCACAACCGAUGCGCCCAUCAUCUGGCGUCACCUCUGCAAGACGCAGUUCAAAACGUGGGAUUCUCGCCACAACAUCGCCGCAAAGUUUGCCGCGCCCUUGUCCGACGUAGACUGGCGCGCCUUGUACAUGACCAAACACACAAUUAACCGCCGUACAAAAGAGCUGCUCAAUCACAUCAUCGCCACCCAGCACGGGCGCAUACGCUGCAUCAACGACAUUGCAGACUAUGGAUACGACGCAAAAGAGACACUGCUCAAAGAAUGCGCCUGUCCAGACGAUGCCGAAGAUGUGCUGGCAAGAAGAUACUAUGCGAAUGCCGUUCUCGAGCGCAUACAUCGUGAAGUCGCCAUCAAGGUAUGGACUAGUUUGCAACAUGGAAAUGACGUGCCCAUCGAGAGAGCUCUAGGCGCAUACGAUGUGUUUGCCAGAGUUGGUGAAGAGGUUGAUGUUGAUGUCGUCGCAAACGACAUCGGCGAACUGGCUGACGGGCUGCUGCAAGAAUACCCAAACUUCCGUGACUGGAGUCCACGAGACAAGGCUUAUACCCUAGCUUCGUUCCUUCGCGAUCGCGGCUUCAACGGUGUUCCCGAUGCUUCAUACCGUGCGUUGCGGAACUCGUUCAUCGGACUGGUACUGCGCUCGGCUGCUCAUGAGUCACUUCCUCUGAUCUCCGUAGCGAUAUACUGUGCGAUAGCUCGACGCGUUGGCCUCGAUGCCCGGCCCUGUGGCUUCCUCUUUCAUGUCUACACUCUUGUGUACGCACCCAAGAACUAUGAUCUUAAUGGAAAGUAUAAGCCUACCAGCUCCAGUGAACGCGAAUACAUGUACCUGGAUCCUUUCCGCUCCACCUCAGAAGUGCGACAGGGCGACUUGCAGCGCACACUACGGAACAUGGGUGUCCCGAGUAGCGAACAUCAAAGUUUCCUGAGCGAUACUAACACAAGAGAAAUGGUUCUGCGUACAGCACGCAACAUCAUGAACUCUGUGCAAAUGAUUCGCGAAACCGAAGCUGGAAUGGGUAGUGUGCAAGCGUCAUGGAUAAACGCCAAUCCCGACAUGGACAAUGCCUUUUACGCAACCAUAUGGGCUAUGUUGCUCCUCGGUCCAAAUGAUGACACCUCCAAUAUAGGACACACCACCAUCCGGCGCCGCCAGUACCUGCCUUAUCUGCUCGAGCACUUCCAGAUGCAUUACCCGUGGGAUGUCACCCUGCUAUCGCGCUACGUUAUCCCCAUGUUCUACAAUCAACUCGAAGGGCACCGGUUGUUGUCCUUUGUGCAGAACAUGCAUCAAGUGGAUGCCAUACGUAAACCUAGGACCAUCCGUUCUGAACGUACGCGGAACGUUUCCUUCAAAGUCGGCCAGCUGUUUCAACACAAGCGGUAUGGUUACGAGGGCGUCAUUACCGGGUGGGAUGUGGUGUGUGACGCAAACGAAGACUGGAUUCAGAACACGCGCGUUGAUUCCCUACCAAAUGGCAGGAAUCAGGCCUUCUAUCACGUCCUUGUCUGCGACAAGUCAGUUCGCUACGUUGCCGCUGAGAACAUUCAACCCGUCAGUGAAGACACAUAUCCUUCAGAAGCAUUGCUGAAGCUCGCUGGACGACACUUCAAGCGCUGGGAUGACGAGCACCACUGCUUUGUAAGUAACGUGCGUGAUGAAUAUCCUCACGACUAGAAAAGCCAGAGUCUGGAGUCUGUCUUUGUGUACUAUUAGCUUGGAUUGGUGAACCUACUAAACCUAACAUUCCGACCAAGAUUGAUGCUGUAAGAUUAUUUUGAUUAUGUGUUAUACGUCCUUUUAAUUUCGAUACUCCCCUCAAAGAAACGGCAUUUUGCAAUUUGGGUUACUUCUUGUUUCUUGCUAUAAAUACCAUGUAUUUUAUUGUUCAUCCUGAGACACAGUAAACGAAAAGGAAUGCGAUGGUUUUCGUCUAGAAGAUGAAACUGAGAACAAAUAUCCCGAAAAAGCAAUGCUUAUCCGUUCUUGAAC